AUUGCAAUGCGUUUGCGUUAAACGUAUGAAACGUUUGAUGAGUUGAACACAUGUUUUGUCUCUUUUAAGUCAUUUAUUUUGAUUGUCAUUUGGAGACCAAUUGAUUGACAACAAUGGCUCGCAAACAACGACGACAACAACAAAAUGUUGAAGAAAAUGAUAGCACUGAAGAUGGAUUUGAUUUUGAAGAUAUGGACAAUGAUGAUGAAGAAGAAGUCACACAACAAAGUGAUGAUAAUUAUGAAGACAUGAAUAACUCUGAUGGCGGUGACAGUGAUUAUGAAGAACCAAAUGAUGAUACUAUUGGUAAUGAUGAAGACGUUGACAACAAUAGUAAGAAUGAAAAAAGUGAAACAAAUGUAUUGUUUCCCGAAAAUGAUUUGUUGUCUAAAAUCAAAAACAAAAUCAGACGACGAGAGGUGUAUUUGAAACUCAAGAAAGAAAAGAAAGAGUCCAAAAAGGAGGCCCGAACUGCCCGACAAAAUGAGGCCAAAUCUAUGGGAGAAAAGGCACAGAAAUUAGUUCCGCGAACUAUUGAGUCGACCCGAGAACCGGAUGAAACAAUGGUUGAUCCUAACGAUGAAGAUGUCAAAGAGGAUGAAGAACACGAUGAGAUGGCUACUUAUUUUCGUAAAGAAAUUGAACCGAAAAUAUUGAUUACAUCGAGCGAUAAUCCGCACACUAAGACUAUAAAGUUUUGUCGUGAAUUGAAACAAACGAUACCAAAUGCAGAGUUUAGAUUUAGAAACAGAUCCAGUAUUAAAAAUAUGGUUAAGGCUGCCAUCGAUAGGGAUUAUACAGACAUUGUGAUUGUAAACGAAGACUGGAGGAAACCAAAUGGCUUACUUCACAUUCAUUUACCAAAUGGUCCGACGGCUCACUACAAACUGAGUUCAAUUCGUUAUUGUAAAGAAAUAAAGAAACGGGCACAAUAUAGCUCUCAUAGACCCGAAGUAAUUCUUAAUAAUUUCAACACAAGACUCGGCCAUUCAAUCGGUCGUAUGUUUGCUUCAGUUUUUCAUUACGACCCACAAUUCAAGGGCCGACGUGUCGUUACAUUUCAUAAUCAAAGAGAUUAUGUAUUUUUUAGACAUCACAGAUAUGAAUUUAAAAACAACUCAAGAGCUGCCAUUCAAGAGAUCGGCCCUCGAUUUACACUUAAGUUACGUUCUCUACAAAAGGGAACGUUUGACUCUAAGUUUGGUGAAUACGAAUGGGCACUAAAGCGACACGACUCUGGAGUAAAUCGAAGAAGAUUUGCGUUGUAAUAAUCUAUAUAAGUUGUCAAUCA